GAGUCCAAAAUGGCGGCUCUCAGGCUGGCGCGCUCCGUGCUGCUGAGGCUUUGAGGUGGUCGCCAGGGGUCGGGGGGACGAUUUCCCCGCCGCGGGGGCCCUAGAGGAUGAAUCGCGAGCCCUGCUAAGGUUAGGCGGCGGGGCUGGAGAGAAGUGGCAGCAAGGACUGCGGUGGAGUCCACAGAGCGGGAUGUGCGAGAGUUACUCCAGGUCGUUGUUGAGGGUCUCGGUGGCGCAGAUCUGCCAGGCGCUGGGCUGGGACUCGGUGCAACUGAGCGCCUGCCACCUCCUCACGGACGUGCUGCAGCGCUAUCUGCAGCAGUUGGGACGGGGCUGCCACCGGUACUCUGAGCUGUAUGGCCGAACAGACCCCAUUUUGGAUGAUGUUAGUGAAGCUUUCCAACUUAUGGGGGUUAGUCUUCAUGAACUAGAAGACUACAUUCACAAUAUUGAACCGGUGACUUUCCCACAUCAGAUCCCUUCGUUUCCUGUUAGCAAGAACAAUGUGCUUCAGUUUCCUCAGCCUGGAAGUAAAGAUGCAGAGGAGAGAAAAGAAUACAUUCCUGAUUACCUGCCACCCAUUGUGUCUUCUCAAGAAGAAGAAGAGGAAGAGCAGGUGCCCACAGAUGGGGGGACAUCCGCAGAGGCCAUGCAGGUUCCCUUGGAAGAAGACGAUGAACUGGAGGAGGAGGAAAUUAUUAACGAUGAGAACUUCUUGGGUAAGAGGCCGCUGGACAGUCCGGAAGCUGAAGAGAUGCCCGCUAUGAAGCGGCCACGCCUGCUCAGCACGAAAGGGGAGACCCUGGACGUCGUGCUCCUGGAGGCUCGGGAGCCGCUCAGCUCGAUAAAUCCCCAGAAGAUCCCCCCCAUGCUGUCUCCCGUCCACGUGCAGGACAGCACGGACCUCGCCCCUCCGUCGCCCGAGCCCCCGAUGUUGGCUCCGGUGGCAAAGUCACAGAUGCCAACCACAAAACCCUUAGAAGCCAAGUCGUUUACACCUAAAGCGAAGACGAAAACGGGUUCUCCGGGACAGAAGACGAAAUCUCCUAAGACGGCUGCGUCCCCAGCAGUGGUCGGAAGUCCUAUUCGGUCCCCAAAAACUGUAUCCAAAGAAAAGAAAUCUCCCGGACGUUCCAAGAGCCCCAAGAGCCCCAAGAGCCCCAAGGUCAUGACUCACAUUCCCCAGGCACCUGUCCGACCUGAAACGCCAAACAGGACUCCUUCAGCUACGCUGAGCGAAAAAAGCAGUAAAGAGACCCUUCAGGUAAAACAAGCCCAGGCGCCCCCCGACGCCGGGAAACUGAACAGCGAGAACCCCCCGAAAAAGGCUGUCGUGACCGAUAAAACCAUCGACGCCUCCAUCGACGCCGUGAUCGCCCGCGCCUGUGCCGAGCGGGAACCGGACCCCUUCGAGUUUUCUUCUGGGUCGGAAUCCGAGGGAGACAUUUUUACCAGCCCGAAGAGGAUCUCGGGCUCGGAGUGCGCUGCGCCCAAGGCCGCCGCCGCCUCGAACAGUUUCUCCAAAGCGGGGGCCACGCCGCUUCCUCCUGCCGGCGGGACCUCCAGUUCCGACCACUCCUGGACGAUGGACGCCUCCAUCGACGAGGUGGUGCGCAAAGCCAAGCUGGCGGCGCCCCCGAGCGCGGCCCCCGGCUUCCCCUACCUCUCCUCGCCCUCCGCCUCGCCCCCCACCCCCGAGCCCGCGCACAGGGCCUACGAGGAGAAGCCCCGGCCGCCGUCCUCCGCCGACGUCAGAAAGAAGCUGAAGAAGGAGCUGAGGACGAAGCUGAAAAAGAAGGAGAAGCAGCGUGACAAGGAGCGGGACAGGGACAGAAGCAAGGAGAAAGGCCGGGAGAAGGAGCGAGGGAAGGAGAGGGAGCGAGAGAGGGAGGCCGGCAAGGAAGCCAGGUACCCCUGGAAGGAGCUUCUCAAAGACGAGGAGUCCGACCCCUAUAAGUUUAAGAUCAGAGACUUUGAGGACCCUGACCCCAAAGUGAGGUUGAAAGACGGCCUUGCGAGGAAGGAGAGGGAGAAGCACAAGGACAAGAAGAAGGAGCGAGAGAGGGGCAAGAAGGACAAGGAGCGGCGGGACCGAGAGCGCGCCAAGGAGAAGGGCCGGGAGGAGAAGGCCAGGGCCGCGCCCGGCGCGCUGGCCCUGCCCGCCAAGGACGCGGCGCUGCCGCUGCUCAGCCCCGCGGCCGCCGCGCGCGGCCCCGCCGCGCUGCCCGCGCUGGCGCCCGUGCUGCCCGAGAAGCUGUUCGAAGAGAAGGAGCGGCCCAAGGAGAAGGAGCGGAAAAAGGACAAAAAGGAGAAGAAGAAGAAGAAGGAGAGGGAGAAGGAGAAGGAGAAGAAAGAGAAGGAGCGGGAGAAGGAGAAGAGAGAGCGGGAGAAGAGGGAGAAAGAGAAGGAAAAACACAAGCACGAAAAAAUAAAAGUGGAGCCAGUGGUCCCAGCCCCGAGCCCAGUUAUCCCCAGAUUGACACUCAGAGUUGGAGCUGGCCAAGACAAGAUUGUCAUCAGCAAAGUUGUUCCAGCCCCCGAGGCUAAGCCCGCGCCCUCUCUGAACAGACCCAAGACGCCACCACCUGCACCAGCCCCAGCCCCCAUUCCCAUGCACGUCACCCCUGCCCCGGUGCCUCUGCCACUCCUGGCACAGGCCACCGCGCCCCCUGCUCUGAUGCCGGCUCCAUGUCCCGCCAUCUCCGGAGCUGCAAGUUCCAAAGCGCCUGUCCGGAGCGUGGUAACGGAGACCGUCAGCACUUACGUGAUUCGAGAUGAGUGGGGGAACCAGAUCUGGAUCUGCCCCGGGUGCAACAAGCCAGAUGACGGGAGCCCCAUGAUCGGCUGUGACGACUGUGACGACUGGUACCACUGGCCCUGCGUCGGGAUCAUGGCCGCGCCCCCCGAAGAGAUGCAGUGGUUCUGCCCCAAGUGCGCCAACAAGAAGAAGGACAAAAAGCACAAAAAGCGGAAGCACCGGGCGCACUGACGCCCCCCGGGGGAGGGGAGGCGGCGGGCCCGCCUCCGGCCGCCUCCCGCCAGGUCCCUGCCGGUGUGAAGGUGCGAUGGGUCGGGAGACCGAGGACAGGCACCAUCCUCGCGGACUUUCCUCCCGAGUCCCGGGCGCGCGUGGUCCCGGCGGAGGCACGCGUGGUCCCCGUGGAGACGCGCGUCGGGGUGGCGUCGGGGCGGCCCCUCCGCCUCCCAGUACCAGUGCAAGUAUUACUAAUAAAAAGACCGCAGUCUUCCCUCCGGAUCCGCGUUGUUCUCUCCAGGGCCCUCCCGUGAGAUUGGGUGACGAGAUGCCGCGUGGACUGCCUCGACUGUGACCAAGGGGGACCUCGCUAGUCCGCAUACAGCUCCCCCGCCUCCCUCUAGAAUAAGAUUCUCGUCCUCCCACAAGAGAAAGCUCCCGGCGGAGUCUCCGUGAAUAUUUUUGUGAUGAAAAAUAUAUGAAGCUUCCCCUCCCUCCCUGUUUUUAGUACUAACAUGUAAAAUGUUCAGGCUUUUUUGUGAAAUACCUUAUAUUUUUUAAGAAAAAGGUUUCUAUCAUGUCCUGUCUUCUUGUGUGUGGAUUACUUUUGUUGACUCUCGUUUAUUUUCUCUCUCUGCUGCCUCCUAACUUUGCCCUUCUCGAAACUGCUGGAGUUCUUCCCACUGCUGAUACAUUUCAUCACCCGUAUAAACACUCUUCAGACCAGAAGAUCUCCCCUAAUGUAAAUAAUAAAUAUUUAUGAAGUAGUUAUUUUUUAAAAAUUUUUUAUCGUGUUUAAUUCUGGCUUUCUCUGAAAUCCAUGUCUGUGAUUUCAGCCAUGUCUAUAAUUACCGCUGUACAUAAGCAGAGGAGGCUGGAAAGAAAAGAGCCCCACGUAGUUCCAAGUUGCCUGCCUAGAGCUGAGCCCGCACGGGGCCCAAAGCCCGGGGACAAGGACCCUAGCAGUUGGAAGGAAAACAAGGCAAUUUAAAUCUGUGGUUUAUGAUUUGAAAUUGUUUUGUUAGCUCUUUUGCUUCUGUAAAUUUCUGUGACUUUUCUUUUGUUUCAAAGGACAUGUGGAUUCCCCGAAAGUAAAAAAAAAGAAAAAAAAGAAAUAUACUGUAGCAUUUUGUGUUUAUAUUGUUUUAUUUCUGCAAAUCUGUUCAUUGAUAUUGUGGUUUAAGGCUGAAAUGAAGUAUAUUAUGAAAUUUUUUAGAAGAAAACUCAUCAAAUUUCAGGGUAUCACAAAACUUUAUUAUAUUACUAUACUGCCCACUAUUUAUUAUAUGUUAUAGAUGUCUGAGAGAUAAACCAAAUAUUUUAUUUUUAAUGUAAAACAUCAAAUUUAAUUUUAUUAGCAUAUUUUAGCAACUUUGGAAUAAAUAUGGACUUCUACUUGAUUUUGAAGUAAUCCCAAUUUGGGCCAGUGUAAUGGAUAUCUUGAAUGCUAGGAUAUGGGCUUUGAACCUAAUACAAAUAUAUUAAUAGAAAUUGUGAUUUUUUUAAUGCCAAGUAAAUUGAUAUUAGUGUAUGAGUUAAUCAUAUUUUAAAACAUAUUAUGUGGUUAGAGAAAUGAGGUUUUCUGCCAUGAAUGUUAAAUUGCAAAUCAGUGGAAAUGGAGUCAACCUUUUAAGAGUGCAGUAUUUCAUUGCCCUCCUUGUUCUAGAAGCCAAAAUUUUUCUAUCCCUACAAAAAAGAAACAAAGCAUCUAUGUUGAGAUCCGUGUUUUUUGUUUUAUUCAUUUGAGAUCAUCCUAAAUACUUUAUACAAUAUUUUCACAUGCACAAAUCUACCCAUUAGUGCUUUUUGGAGAGGGACGGGGGGGGUGAGGAAGUGCAAAAUAAAGAUUAUUGGCUAUUUCA